AUGUCAAGCCACAUUAUCGCGAGCUUUCAACCGGCAAAGGAAAGGUUAGUCAGUCUUCUUAAAGAAGUAAAUCAACUGGAGAUCAAAUUUCCAGAUCCAAGUAUGACAAUAGAAGAAAAAGAAGAUUUUUAUGUGAUAAGAAAAAGAGUGUUAGAAGAUAAACUUCGAAGAAUCCAAUUAUGCGUAACUACGCUUGAAUCUAUCAACGAUAAAUGGUUCACAUAUACUCAACAAAUCGUCACGAUGAAAAGAAGAGAAGAAGAGGAAGAAAAAUACAAAACAGUAACAGAAGAACGAGUACUGCGCCAGUUAGAAGCUCUAGGAGAAAGCCUUGAGCAUUCAAAUAUUAAAAUCUUGAUCGAGAGCAAGUUGCCAUUAUGGAUAUUACAUAAAAUAUAUAAACAUAAGAAGAAGGACAUGCCUUGGUCAAUUCUCAAACUAAGAAACUUUUUAACAAGUUUAGUUAAUGUGAAUGAACAGAUUAGAAACUGUCAACAUUCACUCACUCAACUCAAUAUUAAAUCUACAACUACCAAACAGGAACAAAAACAACGAUACAAUCCCGGAGGAACUUCAGCACUGUCGACAAUAAAGGAUAAUCAAAAUGCUUCAAAAACUACAACAACGAAAAGACGACCAUGUGUAUUCUGCAAUCAGCGAUUGCGUGAACUACACGACUCUCAAUGCUCGACUUAG